AUGCCCAGACUCUCCGGAUUGCAGAGGGACGUUCUGUCUUUGUAUCGGCAAUGUCUACGAGCUGCCGCCAAGAAGCCUGCUAAAACGCAGCAGAAUUUCAAGAUGUUUGCAAGGAACGAGUUCAGAGAACACAUCUCACUCAACAAAAAAGACUUCGCGACCAUAGAGUUCUUACUCCGCAAGGGCCACAGACAGCUAGAGAUCUACGCAGAUCCAGGCAUCACUAACAUCUCGAAGUGA